AUUUUCUUUUACUACAUAAAAAGAAAAAGAAAUGCAGAAAAGUGCUUCAUCUACAAAUCUUGGUCCAGGUGGCUUAGACAUAGCUCAAUCCUUCUUCAGACCCAUCCAUGGUGCAUCACCACCGCCACCCACCAGCCGCAACACCAAAAUCUCCGUCAUCGGGAUAGGAAACGUCGGUAUGGCCAUUGCUCAGACCAUCCUCACCCAAGACCUUGCCGACGAGCUCGCACUAGUCGACGUUAAUGCCGACAAGCUCCGCGGUGAGAUGCUCGACCUCCAGCAUGCCGCUGCAUUCCUCCCUCGCACCACCAUUUCCGCCUCCGUUGACUACUCCAGCACCGUUGGUUCUGAUCUUCUUAUCGUAACUGCCGGUGCGCGCCAGAUACCCGGAGAGUCUAGGCUAAAUUUGGUGCAGAGGAACUUGGCUCUAUUCUCCAAGAUAAUUCCUCCCUUGUCAGCCGGUUCGCCGGAGGCUAUUCUGCUGAUUGUGUCGAACCCGGUCGACGUGCUGACUUAUGUUGCCUGGAAACUAUCUGGGUUUCCGACGAAUCGGGUUAUUGGGUCAGGCACAAAUUUGGAUUCUUCCCGGUUCCGGUUUCUCAUUGCCGAUCAUCUUGAUGUCAAUGCUCAAGAUGUGCAGGCAUAUAUCAUGGGAGAGCAUGGAGACACGUCGGUGGCACUAUGGUCAAGCAUAAGCGUAGGAGGGGUGCCGAUACUUAGCUUCUUAGAGAGACAAGAAAUUGCUUAUGAAAAGCAAACACUUGAGAACAUCCACAAAGAAGUUGUUCAAGGGGCAUAUGAAGUAAUAGGUUUGAAGGGUUAUACGUCAUGGGCCAUUGGUUAUUCUGUCACUAACUUAGCUCGGACAAUAUUAAGGGAUCAACACAGGGUCCACCCCGUUUCGGUGCUAGCCAAAGGGCUGUAUGGCAUUGAUGGUGAAGUGUUUCUUAGCUUGCCAACUCAGUUAGGGAGGAGAGGGGUGCUGGGUGUGACGAAUUUACAUCUUACUGAAGAGGAGUCUCAACAACUCAAAGAAUCUGCCUUGGCCAUUAUGGAGGUGCAAAGCCAGUUGGGCAUUUGAACUUGAUAAGAUAUUAUUUUACAUACGUACAACGUUUUAUUUGAUGUAAUUGAAGUAUAAAGCUUGCAUACACCUAUAUUGUUUGUAUUUUUUUUUUUUAUGUUUUUCUACAAUAAACUACAAAAUAAAUUAUGUUUUGUAAUAAUCUUGUAUGGUUUUAUGUAUUUGUAAACUAUAACAUUAGAUAAAUGAA